AUGCGGACGAUUGGAAGUUCGUGUACGAGUCUAGGUCUUAGUUUGGGUUGGAGGGGAGAAUUUCGGUCUCUUAUAGGGUUCAGUUUCCACUGUCGCCUGGAGCACGAACCAUCCCAGAGAUCAACUGUUUAUGAAUUAGUAUCCCAUCACAGGUAUUGUUCACCUUACAGCUGGGCUGCUGGUGUUGUUGAUGGGAUGGCGAUUGUUAUGGUGGUGGUGGUUGUGGGGGCAUGUCUCGACCACAACUCAUACAUUGAAUCUUGGUGGAUUGCCAUCCUGCUGAGACGCAUGCCGUUCCCGAUCCAGGCUGAGAUAGGCAUAGUGAGAAGCAUACCUAUCGAGGUGGCAUAG